ACUCGUCAAUGCUCGUCAUUUCAUUAACGGUGAUAUCACUGCUUUCGUGAUUGUUGGAGCAUUGUCGAAAGAUAUUAUACAUUUUAUUAUUGUUGUUAUUAUUAUUUAUUAUUACGUUAGAACUUGGUUGUGUUACGUAAUACGCAUAUCUGUGCCCUGUGGCAUUCUGUGCGUAGGAAAUCAAUAAAAAUUUAACAUUAAUGUAAUGUAAAUAGUAUAUUCAAAUAAAUAGCAGCCUGCAGGAGAGCGAGUAACGAUGAAGCGGCGGCGUGCAUACAAGAAUUCUGUAAUUAUUACCGUUGUCGUCAAGUGAUCUCAUAUUAUCUUCUCUCACAUCAUACUCCAACAUUCUGCGUUACGGCCUUUAUCGUAAUGCAUGUGAUGCAGUAAAUUUAUCACCGAAUUCUAGUCCACAAUAAUGUCAAACAAUGUGCAACCACGCUGGACCAGCGCCAGGUUAAUAUUGAUCAAGACUGAAUAUCUAAAUAUUUAUGAAUUUUGAAAUAAAUUUAGUCAUGGCAGUUAAAUACAACCUUGUUAGAGAUGUAUUUCUCGUAAAAAAAAUCAAAUAAAUUCUUUUUAGUUUAGUCCAUUUAAAUACUAUAUAAUUAUCAAUACAAGUAAUCCGUCUACAUAGUUAUGUGAUUUUUUCAUAUUUACACAGUAUAAAAAUGCCCAGAAGACCAUUGACAGAUGAACAACGAGAACAAUCCAGAAAACGUCGCUUAGAACGUGAUCGUGAACGACAACGAAGAAGACGUUUAGAUCCAGAGUUAAGAGCUAUUGAGCGAGGAAAAAACACAAUUGCUAAAAGACUAUCUAGAUCUAAAGGCCUUUAUGGUGAUAAAAUUGAUAAAUUAUAUUCGGAAUCUAAUAUUGAUUGUAAUAAAAUGACAUCAUUGUUAGAAAAUGUGGAUAUUGUAGAAUUGGAAAAUCUUAAUCGAAUAAAAAAAGAAAGAGAUAAAGAAAGACAGCGUCAAAGAAGAAUGGAUCCUGAAUUCCGUGCUAAAGAGCGUGCAAGAAAUAGAAUAUUAAAAAGGAUUGCUCGACAAAAAAAUUAUUAUGCUGUAAAGGUAGUAAAUUGUGAAUGCUGUGGAGAACCAAUUGAAAAUGACCAUGUAUGUUUCUCCAACAUAUUAUCAGUCGAACUCCAUGAAAUUGAUGUUACCAAUAGUACCAUAAAAAAAGUCAUAAAUGGUACUAUGAAUGAUAGCUAACACUAUUUUUAUUUUUAUCAACAUUUUAAGUUUUUUUUUUCACAUAUUUUUUUAUUUAAAUUUCU